AUGCGCUCUUCUUCAACUCCAUUCUCUUUUGAGAGGAGGCAUUGUUCACUUUCUCAGGGCACCAGCAGCUCUUUAUCCUCUCUAUCGCAGUCAUUACAGGCAGGCCUUACUAUGUUGAGAUCGCAGAUUUUAUUGUCAGCUUAUUUGUGGACUGGGUUGCUGCACAAUGCGGCCUAUGAGCAAGGGCCAGAUUUGGAAGUGCCCAUCUAUGUGGCCGAAGGCUGGGUUACAAUGGCAAUCAUUACAACAUCUACAGCUGUUCAUGCUGUCCCCUCUUCACCAGAGUCUGGUCUAGUUGGGCCUGGCUCAAUCCUCAGCUCUUCCAUCCUGGAGAGUUCCUAUAUGGGCACCUCUGCAUAUUGGGUAUAUGGAGGUGACACUAGUACUGAUGCGUCCAAUCCCACCAGAAAAACAACCAGUAUCAAGAAACCCAAGAAAGUUAUGUUGCAAUAUAUUGCCUCUAUGUACCCCAAGUGGGCAAGGGCUCUUGGCACCCUUCAGUGCAUGACACAAGUUGCCGUGUGCUGUGGAGAGACCUCCAGUCUUUUUCUACUUGUCAUGGCCGAAUAUGCUUCUGAGCAAAAGGCACUGAUAGAAUCCAUCUGGCCCAAAACUCUUGUUUGUUGUAAUUUGCAGCCAACAGACUUAGAAAUGAUACUCACUAUACCAGAUGAAAAUAUCAUGUCUGAAGCGGAAAUCCUAGCUCUGGGUGAUCCUUGGUUCAGUCUUUGGAUGUAUGAGAACACGCAUCAUGCAGAUGAUUUGAUGAUGACCAAUUGCGCUGGCUUUGACCUCAAGCAUAUCUUUGGGGUUGCACUACAUCAUAAGGUCAUUUCCAUCACACUGAAGCUAAUGUGCCCACAAUCAAAUUGUUUACCGCUCGCUGAUAAUGGUUUGGUGUGGUUCCUCAACCACCAGAUCACAAAAGAGAUGGUCUAUCAUGUGAUCUUCCGGAUUAACUACAUACCAAGCUGUCAUGUGUCCCUUGCUGAUCUGGAUCCCAUGUCCUUUAGGCAUGCAACACACCUGCCCAUGGAGGCCCUGUCCUUAGUGGUGACCUCUUGUUACGAGAUCCUGUUGGACUACAUUGACAGUGAGGCCAAAGACUCUCAUGGGUUAAUAUCUUCAAAUGAGAUGUUGAUGCAGAUAUGCAAGACACUCCCUGUACUGUUCAAUCAAUCUGAUGACCUUGAUCAUGUGCUGUUCAUCAUCACUAUGAAAGUGUUAUGUGAUAUCAAGAGGGGUGAUGUCCUAGGCAAAGUGCACCAAGCACAAGGCAAAAAAACCAAGAGUGCUAGGAUGCCACCCAUCUUAUGUGGCAUUGUAAUAUCUAUCCAUUUCAGGGGCUUUGAAAAUUUGCUUCACCUUGAGGGCUUUUUUAAUUUCACUGAUGCUUUGAACCUUGAUGUUCUUGGCAUUGCACACAAUGAGAGCAACCUUGUAUGUUGGUUGCAGAUGAAGGGACAUGAAAGUCCUUCUCUCAUGACUUCACAUUCAGCUCCCAGACUCACUCUUUUCACAGCUUCUGUACUGUUUGGAUUAGUCGAUCCUCUUGAUAUUAAGGCUCUUAUUGAAGUGAGCCUCAAAGAGAAUGCGAUGCAAACUGGCCUCCAGCAAGAAGAUGAAAGUUGCUUGGAAUACCUGAAUAAUGCUAUAGCGAACUUGUGUGAAGAGCUGAAUGGUAGAUGUCACCCAAUGCCAUCUGGUGUCAAUCCAGAGAAACUGGUCACACCCAAUGCUGUUCAGUAUGCAGGUCCAUGCCAAGCAUCCGCCUCAGUCAAUUUUGAUUACUUCCAACCUAUGAAGGCCAUUCAAGAAAAAUGCCAUGCAUGGCUCCACAUGUCAUCACAGUCUCAGGAUACCACACAAGAUUCUAAUGCCAGCCGAAUACUUCUUGAUUUCCCAGUAACUCUACAAUACCCCUGUCCCCAUGACCAUGUUCUAUGGGCCCAGAAUUCUGAUGCUGUACAGCCUGAUGAUCAGCUUAUUCCCCUACCUCAUGUGAUGAAAGCUUGGGUCAAUAAUUUCACAUAUCGUGCAUUUAUGAGCGCCUUGUUGGUGGAAGCCAAUGGGCCUUUACACUUCAACCAUGGCCAUAGCUUCACAACAAAGGAGCUUAAAUCACUAGAGGUGCUCAAGUCUGAUUUUCACAUUCUGGACUUGAAGAAGCAAUGCACACAGUCCGAAGUCAACAUGUUGUCUGAAGCAAUUGCACGCAUCACUGAGUUCCAUGGCAAUGAUAAUGGCUGGGCUUCUGAAAGUGAUGACACUGAUGAUUCAGAUUUUCAUCAUGUUGGGUUUGAUGAUUGGAUGUCAACCUCAUCCAUGUCUUCUGGUUCAUCCCUGUGA